UGGGAUAAAAGUUAGUGAUCCACAAGUAAAAAUUGGCCAAACAAGAAGACAACCUUGGUAAGUCAUUUCAAACCUGUUAUGAUUCAUUAAUUGAAUUUCAAUUAGAGGAUCUCUAAUACUCAUCUAGCUAAAAAAAAAAACCUAUAAAAAAUGUUCAAAGGUAUUGCUAUGAUUUUAUUGAAAACUUUUAAUAUGUUAUAUAAUUAUAUGUGAUAACUAUGUUAAUCAGGUUUUUAAAAAUCACAGCACACAUUUUUCAGUCAUAUAGAUCAUUCAAUCUAUUUUAUGUCUAUUUUACAUAUGUACGCAAUCACAAAUUUGUGCAUAUUUAUAAACAGCACCACAGGGAAUUUGAUAUUAUUCUGGUGGACAGCAUGUGUGCCUUGCUGCCUUGUAAAUGUAAAAUCUAAUUUGACUGCCAGAACAGCAAUCAGAUUACUAUUUUAAGGCAUAUAUACCACAUAACAUAAAAGGAUUGAAAACCGUAAAAUAAAAUGUUUACUAAAAAUAUGGGUUAGGUAGAAAAAAUUAUUAGAUUUGUGGAGGGAUAUGCUAAUGACACAGGAUAGUUUGGAGGUCAAUGAAGUAACUCUUAGAAAUGGAAUUUUAAAAUAACAGUGUAACCAGAAGACUAUAUUUGAGUUGAUAUGACAUAUCACCUGGAUUUUGAGUUAGUCUGUUACCUUACAGAAUUUUUUAAUGUUCUAAAAACAAAGAUGUCUCUACUGGCACAUCAUAACUAAGAAAUGUUCCUGAGUUACUGUUUUCUAAACAUUAAUUACUAUUGAGAAGGUUAACAGAUUGUUUCAGAGUACAUUUCAUAAUAUACUUGUUAUAUCUUGUUAGUGUCACCAUUAUCAAACAUCAGGGUCUUUCCUGUGCAGUUCAGAGAAUUGGUCUGAUCAUUUCAUUGGUAUGAUUAAGACUAGGGUGCCUGGGUGGCUCAGUCGGUUAAGCCUUUAACCGACUUUAAUCUUGAUCUUGGCUCAGGUCUUGAUCUCAGGAUUGUGAAUUCAAGCCUGGUGUUGGGCUCUGUCUUGAGGAUGGAGACUCCUUAAAGGAAAAAACAAAAAACACACCUAGGGAACUGAUUUUUAGUCAAAAUGUGUUUACUAGGAUAAAAGUUCCUAAAAGCCUAAAUAAGACGGAUUUUUAUUAAAUUUUGAUGUCUUUGGUACCAUCCACAUAAGCAAGAAUAAUUCUCUGAAUAAUUAGCAACUGGAGACAGGCUAUUCCAGAAAUACCAUUGCCUUUUAAUUUACACUUCUACUAUCACUCAUUUCAAUAAAAUUCCACGUGUUUGUAAAUUACUUGUUACUGGUUACCAAUAAAAAUGUAUAUUGAAUAUCUUUGUACGUCAUACUCUGCUAGGCAUUGUGGGGAAUACAGCGUAGUUUAAGAUACUUUUUGUUCUCCCUUCUGACAUUUGUAACCACUCCUUUCUUGAAAUACAUUUACAUGUCUUUGGUAAGAAAACAUGAUAAGUAACUUAAAAAAUAGGGGCACCUGUGUGGCUCAGCUGGUUAAGUGUCUGACUUCGGCUCAGGUCAUGAUCUUAUGGUUCGUGAGUUUGAGCCCUGCGUCAGGCUCUGUGCUGACAGCUUAGAGCCUGGAGCCUGCUUCGAAUUCUGUGUCUCCCUCUCUCUCUGCUCCUCCCCUGCUCAUGCUCUGUCUCUCUCCUUCAAAAAUAAAUAAAAACAUUAAAAAAUAUAUAUAUAUAUAUAUUUCUGUGCAGUACUAGUUAAUUCCUUUUAGUUGGAGUUACUAGAAGGCAUUUGGCAAAGGGGUCAGAGAAGUAGUAAAAUGGGUUUUUGAAAAGAAGGAGGGUAUUUCAGGCAGGGGAAAGUUUGUUAAAAUGGCACAGAAGAACAAAAACACAAACACAUGGUAUGUUGGAUAGGCUUUUUCCUGAACUGAGAAUUCACAGAAGGGAAUAGUGUAUCAUCUAAACCACUAGAGAAGAGGGAUUGAAUCUUGUUUUCUUAUAUUCUCAAUUUGUAGCACAGUAUUUGAUACAUUGAUGCUCAAAGGUGUUUGUUAAUCAUUAUACAUUAGGGCAUACCUUCACAGGGCCUUAUUCAUACUAGAUUAUCAGAAUAUGUCUUAUAAAUUAAAUAAAUGGAAAAGAAAAGGAAGGAUGAUAUGGUACAAAGCAGGCAGACAAUGGAAAGGUAGGUUGUGGCCUGAUUGUAGAGUCCUUUAUUGACAGACUACAUUUGGACUUUAUUCUGUAAGGACAGAGAUGUGAACCUUUCAGAGGAGAGGAGCAGCAUAAUGAAAUGGAACCCAUGGAUCAAGGGGCUUCAUUGUAAUGUGACAACAAGUUUAAAAGAGGAAAGUUUAGGAAGGGAGACCGCUAUUGAUGGUCCAAUUUCAGAAUUUCAAACAACUACUUAUCAUAGGUUGGGAUACUUCUUGUGGAAAGGAGACUAAAAGUUUGCAGGCAUCUGGAAGCCCUGCCCCUUUACCACCACCUCCCUGCCUCCUGCCCGCAUUCCCUCCUUUCCUGUCAGUGAGCCAAAGACAGACCAGGAAGUGAGUGUGAGGUUUUGGAAAUCACGGAUCUGUUGCUACUGAAUGUAAUACCAGAAUGUUUUUUCAGAUCUUUCUCCAUUUUGUCAGCAACCUUUCUACCAUUGCAGUGGGUUUCCUUUCUGUGAUGGUACGUUGGAUCUCAGUUUUGAAGAAGUAUGUGGAAAGUACUCGUCAGAAGAAGGCAAUCUUCAGUAAGCAAGAGAGGCUUCCAUGUAUUGCACCACUAGUAACCACGGUGGAGGAGACACCACAGAUUGUCUCUGCUUGCGUCCGAGGACAUUUUCCUCAGUGGCUCCGUGGCUACCUGCUUCGAGUUGGGCCUGGGAAAUUUGAAUUCGGGAAGGAUAAGUACAAUCACUGGUUUGAUGGGAUGGCUUUGCUUCACCAGUUCAGGAUGGAGAAGGGCACAGUGACAUAUAGAAGCAAGUUCCUACAGAGUAAUACUUAUAAGGCCAAUAGUGUUCAUGAUCGAAUUGUGAUCUCAGAAUUUGGCACGCUGGCUGUCCCUGACCCCUGCAAGAAUGUUUUUGAACGUUUCUUAUCAAAGUUUGAAGUGCCUGCAAUAACUGACAACACCAAUGUCAACUACGUGCAGUACAAGGGUGACUACUACCUUAGUACUGAGACCAACUUUAUGAACAAAGUGGACAUCAAAACUCUGGAAAAAAUCGAAAAGGUAGACUGGAGGAAAUUCAUUGCUGUGAAUGGAGCAACUGCCCAUCCUCACUAUGAUGCUGAUGGAACAGCUUACAACAUGGGGAACUCCUAUGGGUCACAUGGUUCUUGCUAUAAUGUUAUUCGAGUUCCUCCAGAGAAGGUGGAUCUUGGGGAGACAAUCCAUGGAGCCCAGGUGAUAUGUUCUAUUGCCUCUGCAGAGGGGAUGAGACCUUCUUACUAUCAUAGCUUUGGAAUGACAAGGAACUACAUAAUCUUCAUUGAACAGCCUCUAAAGAUGAAUUUGUGGAAAGUUGUCACUUCUAAAAUCCGGGGAAAGUCCUUUGCAGAUGGAAUAAGUUGGGAACCCCAGUAUAAUACACGGUUUCAUGUGGUGGAUAAGCACACUGGACAGCUUCUUCCAGGGAUGUACUACAGUAAACCUUUUGUUACUUUUCAUCAAAUCAAUGCCUUUGAGGACCAGGGCUGUGUUGUAAUUGAUUUGUGCUGUCAAGAUGAUGGAAGAAGCCUAGAAGUUUACCAACUACAGAAUCUCAGGAAAGUUGGGGAAGGGCUUGAUCAGGUCUAUAAUUCAGUAGGCAGAUCUUUCCCUCGAAGGUUUGUUUUGCCCUUGCAUGUCAGUUUGAAUGACCCCGAGGGACAGAACCUCAGCCCAUUGUCCUAUUCUUCAGCCAGUGCUGUGAAACAGGCUGAUGGAAAGAUUUGGUGCUCCUAUGAAAAUCUACAUCCUGAGGGUCUAGAGGAUGAAGGAGGUAUUGAAUUUCCCCAGAUCAACUAUGGCCAAUUCAGUGGCAGAAAGUAUCGUUUCUUCUAUGGCUGUGGCUUUCGGCAUUUGGUGGGGGAUUCUCUGAUCAAGGUGGACGUGGUAAACAAAACACUGACGAUUUGGAGAGAAGAUGGCUUCUACCCCUCGGAACCUGUGUUUGUUCCUGCACCAGGAACCAGUGAAGAAGAUGGUGGGGUUAUUCUCUCUGUGGUGAUCACCCCCAAGCAGAAUGAAAACAAUUUUCUACUAGUCUUGGACGCCAAGAACUUUGAAGAACUGGGCCGAGCUGAAGUGCCCGUGCAAAUGCCUUACGGGUUCCAUGGCACCUUUGUCACCAUCUGAUGGAACAACUCACAAGGCCUAGAAACUACGUUUACAAUGAACAUUCUCUGUACAAAAAAAGAGAGCAAAAAAGGCACCUUACCUUCUAAACUGUAGAGAUCUGGUUGUAAAAUUUCUAUUAAAAACCAAAUUCUUGGGGCGCCUGGGUGGCUCAGUCAA